CCCAGCUCUGCCCCCAGGUCUCUCCCCCACUUUUACCCCCAAAUCUCCCCAGGCCUUCCCCACUUUAUCCCCAAACAAACAUCUCCCAGCCCUGAGCCCAGCUCCCCUGCCUGCCCCCAGGCCCCCAACUUUACCCCCAAAUCUCCCCAGCCCUGAGCCCUGCCCCCAGGCCUCCCCCCACUUUAUCCCCAAACAUCUCCCUGAGCCCAGCUCACUGCCUGCCAAACAUCUCCCCAUUCAUUCCCAGCUCUGACCCCUGCCCUAGGCAGUUACUCCUGCCCUGCAGCAUUGGGGGGAACUGUUUGUGUUUGCACACAGUAGGUUUUGGGAUGCCCUGCUUGGCACUUGUUUACACCUGUUCUCAAGCAAGAGACUGACUGCACCCCUGGGACCUGCCAUGGACACUGCUUCUUUUCCUGGAUUUCCUCCUAGAGCUGAUGUGACAUUAUAUGAUAAAACUUGGUGAGUAUGAAGUGACAUAAUAUGAAGACACUCUGCGGGUACCGAGACACUGUGGGUGCGGAGUGACGUUAAAUGGCGACACUGUGGGUGCGGAGUGACGCUAAAUGGCGACACUGUGGGUACCGAGUGUCGUUAAAUGAGGACACUGUGGGUACCGAGUGUCGUUAAAUGAGGACACUGUGGGUACCGAGUGUCGUUAAAUGAGGACGCGGAGUGUCGUUAAACGAGGACACUGUGGGUACCGAGUGUCGUUAAAUGAGGACACUGUGGGUACCGAGUGUCGUUAAAUGAGGACGCGGAGUGUCGUUAAAUGAGGACGCGGAGUGUCGUUAAAUGAGGACGCGGAGUGUCGUUAAAUGAGGACGCGGAGUGUCGUUAAAUGAGGACGCGGAGUGUCGUUAAAUGAGGACGCGGAGUGUCGUUAAAUGAGGACGCGGAGUGUCGUUAAAUGAGGACGCGGAGUGUCGUUAAAUGAGGACGCGGAGUGUCGUUAAAUGGGGACGCGGAGUGUCGUUAAAUGGCGACGCGGAGUGUCGUUAAAUGGCGACGCGGAGUGUCGUUAAAUGGCGACGCGGAGUGUCGUUAAAUGGCGACGCGGAGUGUCGUGAAAUGGCGACGCGGAGCGGAGUGUCGUUAAAUGGGGACGCGGAGUGUCGUUAAAUGGGGACGCGGAGUGUCGUUAAAUGGGGACGCGGAGUGUCGUUAAAUGGCGACGCGGAGUGUCGUUAAAUGGCGACGCGGAGUGUCGUUAAAUGGCGACGCGGAGUGUCGUUAAAUGGCGACGCGGAGUGUCGUUAAAUGGCGACGCGGAGUGUCGUUAAAUGGCGACGCGGAGUGUCGUUAAAUGGCGACGCGGAGUGUCGUUAAAUGGCGACACUGUGGGUGCGGAGUGUCGUUAAAUGAGGACACUGUGGGUACCGAGUGUCGUUAAAUGAGGACACUGUGGGUACCGAGUGUCGUUAAAUGAGAACGCGGAGUGACGUUAAAUGGCGACACUGUGGGUGCGGAGUGACGUUAAAUGGCGACACUGUGGGUGCGGAGUGACGUUAAAUGGCGACACUGUGGGUGCGGAGUGACGUUAAAUGGCGACACUGUGGGUGCGGAGUGACGUUAAAUGGCGACACUGUGGGUACCGAGUGUCGUUAAAUGAGGACGCUGAGUGUCGUUAAAUGAGGACGCGGAGUGUCGUUAAAUGAGGACGCGGAGUGUCGUUAAAUGAGGACGCGGAGUGUCGUUAAAUGAGGACGCGGAGUGUCGUUAAAUGAGGACACUGUGGGUACCGAGUGUCGUUAAAUGAGGACACUGUGGGUACCGAGUGACGUUAAAUGAGGGCGCGGAGUGACGUUAAAUGAGGACACUGUGGGUACCGAGUGUCGUUAAAUGAGGACACUGUGGGUACCGAGUGACGUUAAAUGAGGACGCGGAGUGACGUUAAAUGAGGACGCGGAGUGACGUUAAAUGGCGACACUGUGGGUGCGGAGUGACGUUAGAUGACGGCACGGAGUGACUGUCUGUAUAGCAGCCAAAUGUACAAAUUGAGCUUUACACUGCCUUGUUACUAUGUAAUAUUUAUCUUCUCUCGUAUGCCUGUCACAAUAAAUCAGUCCUUGUCUUAUGUAAUAAUUAAAUAGGUUUAGUAUUGUAAACAGUAUUAUAUUAUCUUUCAGAACUAUUUUGGCCUUAAAUUUGAAUUUUCCUGAUACAUUUCCGGCAAUUCACAGUUUGGGUAAAACCAUGUUAAGGCAAUAAUAUUUAUGUAGAUUGUAAAACUUUUUUUUAUUUUUUUAUUUUUUUUUAUUUAGAAGCUCCUAAAGUGUAAUAAGUAGUUAUAAAUCGUUCGAUUCCACAGCGCUGUGCAACCGGGGAAGUUACGAAAGGAAUGUUUUAUAUGUUUGUAAAUUCACAAUUCAACUUAUUUGCUGCAGUAUAUAAAAUGCUGUAUGCUAGUACUGAUCCUAUGUUACAUUGCAAACUAUUUUAAACAGGUGAUCUUUACCAUUAGAUAAUAAACCAUCUCCCAUACAGACCGUGAUAAAUAAUGUAUGGUACUUGUAAUAUACUCUAUCACUCUAUCACAGGUUCAAUUCUACUAUUACAAUAGUGGUCGAGGAGUUCAAUGGCGUGAGCCUUUUACCCCCCCCCCCACACACACACUUGCGUGUGACAGCUUAUUCUACACAGGUGUGGGUUAUUCGCUAUGUUACGUACAAUAUAUUAUUUGAGAAUAUUCUGAAAAAAAACUUUAAAAAAGUUUAUGCAAAAAUAUUAAAUCAGGGCCUACGUUACAAAUUGUGGAGAUUAGACUGGACAAAGCAAAUUUGGGUAUUUUUGCCUAAAUUUCCUUUUGUCAGUUCUUAAUAAUUCUUAAUUUGGAGAAUAAAUAUCAGUAUUGUUUCAUACAUUAUUCAUCUGGACUAAAUCACCUGUUGGUAACCCAGGUUACUGUCAAACACGGUAUAUUAUAACUGCAGCUAUAAGGUUAUGGUGAAAGGAGUUCCUCCCUGCACACAGUGUAUUAUAACUGCAGCUAUAAGGUUAUGGUGAAAGGAGGUCCCCUGUCUCCCUGUACAUGAUGUAUUAUAACUGCAGCUAUAAGGUUAUGGUGAAAGGAGGUCCCCUGUCUCCCCGCACACAGUGUAUUAUAACUGCAGCUAUAAGGUUAUGGUGUAAGGAGGUCCCCUGUCUCCCCGCACACAUUGUAUUAUAACUGCAGCUGUAAGGUUAUGGUGUAAGGAGGUCCCCUUUCUCCCUGUACAUGAUGUUUUAUAACUGCUGCUAUAAGGUUAUGAUGCAGGAUGCUGCAAACUCUGGUCUUUGCAGCAAUCCUAUAACAUCAAAGGGAGCAUUAUUUUACUGUUAUUACAUUAUUUAUAUAAUGUGUUGAAUUAUGGGGUUGUCCAUCCUGGGUUUUCACUUAAAGGACCACUAUAGGACCACUAUGGGUGCCAUGUCCAUCUAGGGUUAACCAUGCCUGCUGUAAACAUAGCAGUUUCAGAGAAACUGCUAUGUUUACAUAUGGGUUAAACCAGCCUCUAGUGGCUGCCUCAUUGACAGCCGCUAGAGGCGCUUCUCACUGUGAUUUUCACAGUGAGAAGACGCCAGCGUCCAUAGGAAAGCAUUGAGAAGAGGGAGGAGAGUCCCCAGCGCCGAGGGAGUGUUUAACCCCUUCCUCAUGCUAGAGCCCUGCGGGAGGGGGGCCAUGAGGGUGGGGGGGACCAUAGUGCCAGGAAAACAAGUUUGUUUUCCUGGCACUAUAUUGGUCCUUUAAGUAGUACUCUGUGCACUGGAUGCUGUAAAGCCAGGUGUUUCUUCUGUCUGUUAAGUCAAGUUGAGGUUUGCCUCGGCCAUCCUUGGCUCGCUCCCUCUGUGUAUCUAACAGUAGCCUCAGGCAAGGAAAUAAGCGACAGGUAGCACCUGCUCAGUAAUUAGGGGAAAUUAGUCUACUUUUCACUAGACCAGUUUACUGGCUAAAUGUUUAAUCUUUUGCGUCCAACAAUAUUUUGUUUGGAAACCUUAGUGGUGGAUUAAUGAGAAUCUGUCUUGUUUGACAUAGCAAACAAUCAAUUUAAUCUAUUUGGUUUCUGUUGCCAUUAUUUACAUGUUACUUUUAUGUAUAUUGUGAUUAAUAAGACUACACUUUGACAUCACAGGACAUUCAGGAAACACAUAAGCAGGACAUGUAUUGCAAACUAAAGAGACACUCUGGGCUCCAUAGCUACUUCAGUUUAUUAAAAUGGUUAUGGCGCCAGGGUACUGUAAUUGGUUGUCAAACAGGGCUUUAAAACGUGCCUAUAAGCUCUGCCCACAAGCCCUGUCAAUCAGGGAGCUGGCAAUUCCAUUUCCUGACACUCAAACAGGAUUUGUUUUAUAAAUUCUGACAGUUUUUUUUUGUUUUUGUUUUUGUUUUUUUAAAGCAACGUUCAUUUUUACAUUCUUUUGCUAUUAUAAAAGCAAAAUCUAAAACCAUUACAGACUGUCCAGUAUAAAAUUGGAGUGUAUUUACCCAAUUAAAUCCAUUUACAAAUGUCAUUUAUUGUGGGGAGCAGGAGGUGACUUUAUUGCGGAGGAUGACUGCUACAAUGUACAUGUAAUUUUAUUCCAGGUUAGACUAUUCAAGGAGCAAUAAUAGGAAAAUACAGAAGUCCUUUAAUGUCUUUUACUUGCUCACUCUUUAGCUGCUGGAUAUUCAGUCUGUGAUCUUAAUGCUGGGAAGGAUUAAAUCGGUGGAAUGGAACACGAAUUGCGUCUUCUUCACACAUGUUCUGCUAAUUAUUGUCAUUCUGGCCGAAAAUGUUCAGUUUGGACAACCUGCCUAAUUAAAUAAUCACCUUCAGAGCUUACAAUCAAACUCCGCAGUUUCUAACAAACUUAGUCUUUGGAUUCUGACACCCUUUCCAAACCUCUACUGAGUCUACUGUAAUUUGUUUCCAUAAACCUGCUCCCAAUACAGUAUUGUAUAAUUUAAUAUAUUGCUGUGGCUUGCUUAUUAGAAUUCUUUUAAUGUAUUCACCUCUACCACUUCUGCUGGUAGUACAUUCCGUGUGUGCACCCCUUCUAGCCUUCCAUGUUUCUUUCUGCUUCUGUACUCCUGUGCUGUGAGUGCCCCUUGCAGCAUUGGUGCCAUUGAUGCUGACUGUGAAAUGUUCGGUAAAUUUUAAAUAUAAGGCCAAAGUAGCUGAAAUGUAAGUUAAGCGGAAUUAGAGAACGUCCAUUUUAAAUUCACGUAGAAUUUUCGCUUUAGUGAAUAACUCUGUAUAUUUUCUAUUUAUUUGUUUUGUGCACGUCUCUCGCGUUGCGAACUGAUUGGAAUUCCGUGGGCACCUGUUUAGUUUUUGGUUUGUUUUUCCCCCCCACCCUCUCUUCUUUCCCUUCACACAAAUCUUCCACAUUCUUUGCCUUGUUUCAACAGUUCCCAGGAAAUCACACCCGGACUAAUUGCAGGAGCUGAAAUGCCUUGAUUAAAUAUUUAUUGAGAACGCCACGGUUUUCUUUACUGUAGAAAAUUCCUCGCUGUCUUUUUCAGGCUCGCCUUGAUAUUGCACAAUCUUUCUACUUAAAGUGCCGCCCCAUAAUGCUAAGCCCAUGAUAGAGCCGCUUUAAUGUGGAUUUUUAAUUCACGGAUCUGUGGAUGGCAAGAGCCUCUUCAGUCAAAUUGUAACAUUUAAUGUAUAGCUUUGUAGCGGCCCUGCUAGGGAACGUAUAGAUGAAUUGACUGCUGUGCCUGCUUGGCCCCUGCUUCCGAUGCCGUCUGUGCAUGCUCUCGCAAUGCCUGGCAUGAGGUCACACACUAGGCAUUGUGGGAUGCUGCACAAAGCAUUGUGGGAAGAAAAAAAACCCUUUUAUGCAAACUGCAAAUUUCUGUGAAUCUCUGUGCUUUUCUCUGUGCAAAUUGUCUGUACAUGCUGUAUAAAAGCCAUCAUCCCUGAUUUGUUUAUUGGGUGGAAGUGAGCUGUGUCUGGGGUCAUUAUGUUUUAUUCAUUUUUCUCUCUAAGUUCCGUACAGUAUUUUGCAGAGGAAACGAAAUUAAGGGAAGAAUGUGUUGGCACUCUGUGUGGGUAAAUAUGUUCUUAUAUGACACCGCAAGUUAAGAUCUUUCUCUCGGCCUGUCCCAAACUAUAGCUCUCCCUGUCAGUUCACUGCUAUGUCAUUUUAUUUCUGAAACGCUUGGCAAAGCUUGAUAGGAAUAUUAAUGGGGAAAUCUGCUGAUUCACGUGCCCUGUAUGACCGUGAUGUGCCCUCCACUAUCCCAGGCCCUAGAAGGAGAAUCUCUCUGUAUUUCAGUGAUUUUAUUAGGCACGACCCUGCAGUCCAUCGUCCUGUAGAGAUGCCAUUUAUCCACAGAGGAGAGCUGCAUGUGAGAUAGAAAAAGUCUUUAUAACCGUCUGUAAUGCCAGGACGGGGUUAAAAAACACAAACUGUCUAUACCUUCUUCUACAUUUCUAGAUUCAAAGUGUCUUCAGCAUGUAUGUAACCGAUACGCGAACAUUAACUCACUCACACAAACAGACCCCACUCUGCUGAAGAAUGCUUCUUAUAUCUGCUGUAUCACACACUUUAGGAAUACGUUAUAUGUUUUGGGGGGGAUGAAACUUGGUUGCUCGAUCACAAGACCGAUGUAGCUCAUAAAAAGUGUGUCUUUUCGAAAGGGUUCCAAACUUUGUUAAAUAAACAUUGGCUAGAAAUUACCCUUCUGUGAAAUGCAGUAUGUAAGUAAAUAGUUUUAAAUAAAUACAUAUGUGUAUACAUCACAUGCAAGACAGCACUCCAAGGUCUUCAUGAUGCAAUAAAACCUAGCAUUUAUUGCUCAUUUUAAAAAGACUGACGUUUCAGUUUGUCCCCCAAACUUUCAUCCUGAUGAAAGUUUGGAGGACAAAUUGAAACCUCAAUCUCUUUAAUAUGAGCAAUACAUGCUAGGUUUUAUUGCAUCAUGAAGACCUUGGAGUGCUGUCUUGCAUUGUAUUUUUGUAUUUUUAUUUUUUUAUUUUUUUUAUAAGCACCAGGCAUGGAAUGAUAUAUGGUGAGGAGUGCAGGAAUCUCUGUAAAAUAAUUUUUUAGAUACUCUUCAAUAUAUCCUGAUGGAAGUUUGAGAUAUGUACUGAAACUUCAACCAUUGAUGGCUCUGUUUAGAUAAUUAAAUUGACAUUUAUUUAAAAAGUUCUUGAGUACUGGCUUCUUGGGAAUAUUGUGUGUGUGUGUGUGUGUGUGCGCGCACGCGUGCGUCCACGCACAUAGCCAAUCAAGAUGCUCUCCUGUGUUUGUUUGUUUUUGUUUUGUUGUGUGUUUGUGCUGAGUAUAAACCAUAAACCAGAUUUCAUUGUCACAGUAGGAAUUUACUAGGAUUUGUAGUUCAGUUGCCGUUCUCAACUGUAGAAGCUAACUGCUAAACUACAGCUCCUUGAAACACCUGCAUGUGAUGACAUAAUGUACCGAUAUAUUAUUUAAGCAAACAAAUGUAAAAUCUCUGAGUUUAGGAGGUGAGGAUUGAGCAAAACUAUCUCUCUUAAAAAAAAAAAAAAAAAGUUUUAAAUAACACUGUAAAGUGUGUUCCGUGUUACUGAAUGUAGGUUGUAAUUUUAAUUGAAACCUAAACAAGGUAUUUUGUUUGUCUUUUAUAGGUCACUGAUGAUGCAGUGUCCUGGUUUGGCUUGAAAAUUUAAUGAAGAAUGUUGUAUGCUGAGCAAGAGACUGUGCCUGAAAGUGACCGAGUGCUGUAUCCUCGAAGCUGAGCGUGCGUCUCUGCUGAUGGGUGGAACCUCAUGCUGAGAUUUGUUUACUCCAUUCCAGAUCCAACAUGGAUGAAUGUCUCUUCAGUCCUGAUCAGCUGGAUGGGGCCACAGACAAUGCCCUGAGCUGUAAUCAGUGCCCCAGCACCUUUGCCAGCUUGUCAGAGUUGGAAAGCCACCUGGAAAAUCACAAGGAAGAAAGGCCUUUUAAAUGCAAUCAGUGUGAUCGGAGUUACAGGCACGCUGGCAGCCUGGUCAAUCAUAAAAAGACUCACCAAGUAGGACUCUAUUCUUGCCUCAUCUGCCAGAAAGAGUAUUCCAACCCUAUGGGCUUAAAAAAUCACCUGCGAACUCACUCUGAGGACAAGCGUUUUAAAUGUGAGGAAUGCGGAGAAUGUUUCCGAAUGUCACGGCAGCUUUCCAACCACCGAAAGGCUACUCAUGGCUAUUAUGCUGGAACUAAUGAUGGAGAUAUUCCAGGUAGCCAAGAGGGCUUUGAGAUGCCUCCUCCUGUCCUCGUGGAGAAUAGCAAUUUAAUGAGCAAUCUGGAAAACUACAUUGCUGAGUCAAUGGUUCCAAAUGACUUCUCUCAGCUGGUCCCAAAGUAUUAUGCAGAAGAAAAAACACAAGAGGUUACAGAAGAAAGUCAAGAGGUAAAACAAGAGUCUGCAGCAGAGGACAAGGAAGGUCAGAUGGUUGAUGGUAGCCUUGACCAACGUCGGUACAAGUGUAAACAGUGUGGAAAAGCCUAUAAACAUGCAGGAAGCUUGGCUAACCACAGACAGAGUCAUACAGUGGGGGUCUACCAAUGUGCCAUUUGCUACAAGGAGUUCUCAAAUCUCAUGGCCAUGAAAAACCAUUGCCGACUCCAUACAAAUUCCAGAGCUCAGAAGAAUUGCAGAUCUCCUUAUUUCUCCACAAAACUGUCCAGCCUCUCUGACGAUAACCCUGACAAACCACACCAAACUGCCUUGCUCUUCAGUGACCCUAUGGAGAAGCAUGAUGAUCAACAGUGUUUCUUGGAGGCCUCAGAGAGCAGUCAUUCUGAGGAAGAGACCAGGAUAACUUCCCCUCACAAAUCUCAAUCCGACUGUUUAAGCCCAUCUGCACAGACUGUAAAAGAUGAGGCAGACACUGCCUUAAGACUGGAUUCCCUUUUUCAGACAUGUAAAGCAGCUAAUGUUGAGCAAGAUGAAGCACCUCCACGGGUUCAGGAAAACCCACUCAGCCUUGAGGUUGAACAGAAUUUGAUAGCCCCACCAGGACUUGAAGCUACAGAUGACGAAGAAUUAAAACCUGGAGAGAGUUCAGAAGAACGUCCAUUUAUGUGCCAAGAGUGUGGUAGAACUUAUAGACAUGCCGGAAGCCUCAUCAACCACAAAAAAACUCACCAGACAGGGAUAUAUAGCUGUUCAAUCUGUGCAAAGCAAUUGUUUAACAUGGCAGCACUGAAAAAUCAUCUGAGAGCCCACUUUAAAUCCAGAGCCGGGAGGAAACUGGAGGACACCUAUUUCCAUUCUGCCAGCUUCUCUGAUGAACUGUUUCAAAGCACGGAGGACUCCUAUCAAUGUGGAAUCUGUCACAAAGUAUUAACAUGUGAAAUGGAUUAUCUGCAGCAUCAAGCCCUGCACAAAGAUGAAAAGGUGAUGGAAAUCGGCAGUGACAAUCUUGCUGCAAAAGAGGAGCCAGGUCCAGAUAUAUGUUGGGGAGAAAAUCCCCAAGGGUCACAAGGCAGCAGUGAUGACUCUGCUUACUCCAGCGUCCCUGGGAUACCAGAAGCAAUAAAGAGGGAGGUCGAGAAUCUUGCACUUCAACCCUCACAGCAGCCUUGGGCUCAGGAGGAAACACUAGUGAUCACUAAGGUUGACAAAAAAAGAGAAGACCCCAGCACCAGUUUCCAAAAUCCAAUAAUGAGUAUUGAUCAAUCUCCAGCAAACAAAAUUGUUCCAGAGCAGGCAGACCUUCCUGAAUUAGAAGAAAACAGCCAAUAUUUGGAUGAUCGUCCUUUUAAAUGUGAGGCUUGUGGUAGGACAUAUAGACACAAGAGUAGCCUGCUGAAUCACAAGCUGACACACAAGACAGGGAUAUAUCAGUGUUCUCUCUGCCCAAAGCAAUACUCCAACCUUAUGGCAUUGAGAAACCAUCUCCGAUUUCAUUCCAGAAUACAUGCAGGUAGAAGAAACAUAUCCAAGAGAAGUCGUCAGCUGCUCUGCGGCAAGCCCAAAUUCUUACCGUACAGGACCGGUAUGUUCCGUGGGGCUUUGCAGAAGCUGAACCUAAACCAUGUGUCUUCUGAAACGCCACUAAUGGCUAAUGUGGAUCCAGUUAUUGAGGGCUCAGAAACUGAAGAUACCCUUACCCAGGUAUGUGAAAAAAACCUCUCCAGCACAGAGGAUAUGGCCUGUACAGUGAAGGAUGAGCCUUGUGCACUAACAGAGUCUGAAAGUGGCACUAGUAGCAAUAAAGAGUCUCAAGGCGCAGGUUUUGAGCUAGUAGAACACACAGGAAAGAAAGUGUAUGAAUGUGACCUUUGUGAUAAAACCUACAGGCAUUCAGGAAGUCUUAUAAACCACAAGCGAACCCACCAGACUGGAGACUACACAUGUUCUGUGUGCUCCAAGCAUGUACGUAACUUGGCUGCCUUAAAAAAUCACCUUCGAAUCCACCAUAAAGUCAGGAGGGAGAAGUCUGAUGGAAAUGAUAAUUCUGGGUAUCUGUACAGCAAUAUGUAUUUUUCCCAGGACAACAAAAGGAUAUUUGGGUGCCCAAGUUGUGAAGAAAUAUUCCCAAGUGAAGAGCAUCUACUGGCUCAUCUAGAUACACACAUGGAAGUAGGAGUUCCUCCAUGGGGCCACCUGGCAGACGUUUCAGGGCUAGAUGACCCUCAGGCAGAGAUACCCCAGCAGCCAGUUAUGGGUGACUAUGAUGACUGGGAAAGCUCCAGUCAAUCCGAAGAUUGUCAUAGAAAUCAAAACGAUCUUGAGAACAGCUUUAAUUGCUCAGAAGAAGACAAAACUCUUACUUACCCAUGUGAAGAGUGCGGGGAAGUGUGUAGUAGUACAGAAGACCUAAAUACCCAUAAGCACACCCAUCAGAUUGGCAUUUACCAGUGUUCAUUCUGCCCUAAAGAAUAUCCCAACCUCUUGGCUUUGAGAACUCAUUUCCAGACCCACACCAAAUCACAAAUUAUUCGAACCAACAGCAGGGAAAUUCUGAAUGGGUCAGAUAACAAAGACUUUGUAGAGACUCCAUCUAUAGAUCACCGUUAUGACUGUGGCCAUUGUGGAAUGAUCUUCUCUGAUGAAGCAGACUUUCAUCAGCAUCAAGUGGCUCAUGAAAAUCAGGCAAUGCCUCAUGGCCUACCCAUUGAUGAGAAUGCUCCUGGCUACCCCUUCACUAUGCAUUCUUCAGAGAGAGAGCUAUUGAGAAGAAUAAAAAAUGAGAUGGAGGAAGGGGAUUCCAGGGAGGUGGCCUAUGGAACAUCUCAACUAUCCCAUAUCUGUGGGUUCUGCGGGAAGACUUAUGAUGACCUGGAGAGCUUGGAGGCACAUGGACUGUCUCAUAGUAAUGAAGACAUUUCCUCUGCAGAAGAAAGUGUUCUUAAUCCUCAAGUUGCCGAGUUUCCGAGUCCAGAAAUUCAACAAAGUCUAGAAUUAAAAGAGGAAGAAGGCGACCACAUCAUGGUUUCUGAAGAUCCUCCUAAGGGUGCAGCGAGUCCAGAGGAUCGUCCAUAUACUUGUGACCAGUGUGGAAAGACGUAUCGGCAUGGUGGUAGCCUUGUAAAUCAUAAAAAGACUCACUUGGUGGGCAAUUUUCAGUGCUUGGCAUGUUUAAGACAUUAUCCCAAUCUGGCUGCUUUUCGCAACCAUUUGCGCCAUCAUCCAAAGUGUAAGCAGCAUGCUGCCAUUGGCAAUCAAAGUGAUCUAGACAACCUAAACCCAAGUGACCCACACAACCUAAAUCUAACUGACCCUAAAUGCCUUGGUGAAAAUCCAGAGAACGGUCAUCCCGCUGUUGAUGAUUCUCAGUCAAAUCUAUCUGAGUCUCGAGCUGUGUAUGAUGCAUCCGAAUCAAGUAUGGCCUGCACAUCUAAUGACAAUUACAGUAAUAAUUAUAACCCUUCACAACUUCACACACAGUCCCUCACCAACAAUUUUAAAUUGCCAAGUAAACGUCUUGCUGGAGGAAAGUCUCUAUGGAAAGCUUUGAAGAAACGCCGGAUGCUGAUCAACCACUGCACUGAUGACCUAGCUCGAAGCAUAUCCACCAGUAGUCCCCGGCCUGCUUUGAAUACAGAUGAUAAAUCUGUUCAGGUCUGUGAAUUGUGUGGCAAAUUGUGCAGUGGUGUUGAUGAACUGGUAAUUCAUCUCUCUGGCAACUGUGAUGGCAACAGGCACCUAGAGACAGCCAUUAUUUCCUCUGGAUCUACUACAGAUAUUAAAGCCGAUACCCCUAUGCCUCUGAGUGUUUCAAACUCAACAGGAGAAUACAGUUUCCAUCAACGUCCGUUCCGUUGUGAUGUGUGCGGGCGGAGUUACAGGCAUGCAGGUAGCCUUAUUAAUCACAAGCAAAGUCAUAAAACCGGCGUUUUCCGAUGUGCCAUUUGUCAAAAGCGUUUCUUUAAUCUUAUGGCAAUGAAGAACCAUAACCGUAUUCAUUUUGAAUUAAAGAGGCACAAGUGUCUGGAAUGCGGCAAAGCUUUUCGUCUCCAUAAGCAGUUAGACACUCAUCAAAGAAUACACCGUGACAGGGCUGCCGAGAAGAAGCCAGGCAGGCGCAAACGUAGGGGCACAAAAUCACGCAAGCUCAAUGCUCUGCUACAGCAACAGAAGUCAUCUUUCCUGAAGAAUCGUACCAUAUCUCCAGACAAAAAGGAAACGUUUAGUCCUUGUGAGGGUGCAAGAGAAUUGAAUGAGUUCAGUAGUGCUCCAGAACAAAGUGUUUUAAAGAAGGACCUUAAUCAGGAAGCUCGGCCCUACCAAUGUGAACAGUGUGGGAGAUCAUACCGCCACGCAGGAAGCCUUGUUAAUCACAAGAAAAGUCACACUAUAGGUCAGUAUUCCUGUACAGUUUGUGAUAAAACCUACUCCAACCUCAUGGCCAUGAAAAAUCAUCAGCGUACACACUACGAAGCAAAGAGGCACCACUGCUCAGAAUGUGGAAGGUCCUUCAGGUGGAAGAGGCAGCUAAGCAGACACCAACUUGUACAUGCCCAAGAGAUAAGCCAGCUUAGUUCCAAGGUCAUUGAAGGGUCUCCACCUCUGUCAGAAACUGUUCCUGACCAACCAUCCAAGCUAGAAUUCUCUAAGACAUCAUUGAGUCACGGAGAGUCUCGUAAAAGACCCCAGAACUGUAGUAGUGGCAUAUCCGAAAAUGAAAACACAGCCAUUCCUUCAAAUCAGAGCCCCUCGUCACCAUUAAAGCCAGUUUGUCAAGACUGUGGAAUCUUAUUUGUUAGUUAUGAUGAACUUGAAAAUCACAUGUGCAGCGAAAGCAAUGCUGGAAAUGCUAGUUAUGGGUCAAGCCUUGACUUUCACCAAAACUGUGACACAUCUACCCUACAUUCUACAAAUCAGAUAGCGGAUCGACCAUACCAGUGCAAUUUAUGUGGUAGAACCUACAGACAUGCUGGAAGUCUACUCAAUCACAAGAACACUCACAAGACUGGAGUUUACAAGUGCUCUAUCUGCCUCAAACAGUUUUUCAACCCCAUGGCAAUCAAGAACCACCUUCGCACUCACACAGCAGAGAAACGUUUCCAGUGUCUUGAGUGUGGCAAAGCAUUUCGCUCUUCUCGGGAGCUAAUUUGCCACCAUAGGGUUCACACUGGUGAGAGACCCUUCCAUUGUCCAAUUUGCAAUCGUGGGUUUAGCAGUAAGCUGACCCUCCGACAUCACCAACGAACUCAUAAAGAACUGCCCUCUUUUUCUACUUUACCACAGUCUUCCUCAUUAGUUUUGCCAACUGACGUGGGCACAUUAAAUACUGAAGAUGACCCACCAGUGUCCGGUGAAGAAAUUCCUAAUCAUACUACCCCCAUUGUACAGGAAGAACGUAAAUACAAGUGCAACCAGUGUGACAGGUCUUACCGCCAUGCUGGCAGUCUUCUUAAUCACCGGAAGACGCACAGCACAGGGGUCUACCAGUGUUCUGGCUGCCACAAAAAAUUCUAUAACCUCCUCGCCCUCAAGAACCAUCUCCGUAUUCACAGAUACCCCUGCCCAGACUGUGGCAAAGCUUUCCGUAUUGCCAGCCACUUGGCUACUCAUCGUAAGGUCCAUGAACAGGGAGGUCCUUUUGCUUGUCAACUUUGCAGCAAGCGCUUUUUCUGUCGAUCUACUUUUGAGCAACAUCAACUGACCCAUGGGGACCAGGAAGCCGAUGUUCACGAAACCCAGGCUGUUGGAAAUUUUAUGGUGGAAGUGACAUAACUUAUGAAUGGACAGCCCCCUUACUUUUUUAAAAACUGACUCUUUUUGUGGGGGUGUUUUUUAUUUUAUUUUUAAUUUUUUUUUGUGCCAUAAAAACGCUAAAAGUUGUCUUCAUGUAGAUGAUAAUUGAUUACUUUUCACAGUUGGAUGAAGAAUGGAAGGAGUGGUACAGUUUUUAAUUUUCUCCCCUCCGCUUUGAAUUGCCUUUUAACCCUUCUUUACCAGAUGCACUUCUGUGGAUAUCAAUGGUGCUGUAACAGACUUUAGGACACAGAAUAUUACCAGUUACCCAAUCCUCUUCAGGUUGAGUAUUUUGGAUACUCUCUCUCUGCCUGCAGGGAUUUGACAAGGAGCUGAAUAAAUAAUGAACUGCUUGGGACUAAAGUCCAUCAGAUGUUUUUGGGAGGGAAAAUUUGGGGCUGCACAUUUGCUUGAAACGGGUUUACUUUUCCACUCUGGAAGUAUGUUAUUUUAACUCAUUCCCUCCCGGCCAUAGCCUGCAGCACUGUGCAGCAAAAAGGUUAAUAAUUUAUAUUGUACAGGGUUCUGGGAACCUGCAAAACUCACAAUGUGGGAUGGGAAAUAUGCAGAUAAAUUAAUUUGGAAAUGUCUUGCUUGUUCUGUUUUUUGUCCACCUCCCUCCCCUCUAUUCUGUGGUGG